UGUCGGAGGUCUGUCAUCACAGGUCCUAAAUGCGCAACAGGAAUUUUAUUUAUCAACGUGGUCAUUAAUGCUCACCAAAGGCCAUUUGUGAGCUUAAGUAGAGUAGAUAAGGACUGAACCCUUAUAUAAAGUUACUACAAGUGAUGAUAGAAAAACAUUAAUUGUCACAAACAUUGUACUAGUCUUACUGUAGGUCUAGACUAGCCUAUAGGCUAUGUGCAUUUUUUGCCAUAUGAAGCAGUUUCCGCAGGUGGAAAACUAAAGUCUAUUCGAGCAUCCACAGCAGGGACUUGAAAUGGAAAGUAAUCCAAUAAGGGAUGGAAAAGACCGAGAGUAGCCUACUGGCAGCUGCAGCAGUCACGCGACAGUAAUAUUUUUCCCCGCAAAAAUGCAAGCAAAAACGCCGUGGUUUGUAACUGCGUGGCUUUUCUUAGGGUUUGGUGGGCUGAGGGAUUUUCGGGACUUGGCAGCUGGGAGGACAUAUAGACUACUGGCAGAUGCCUCCCCUGGUUACCAUGGGGGUGUAAAUCCCCAAGGUUUUGUCAAAUCUAUCAGCGAUGCCAAUCGGAUGUAUGAGUUUCUGCUGAGCGGGAUGGAGAUGGACGCCGACAACAACAUGGCUAUGCUGGACAGGGAGCUGGCGUCCAUGCGCCAGGGUAGGGCCUUCCUGGCCCUCGUCAACGACCACAUCCCCAAGACCCUCUCCGGACUAGAGAACAUGGCCCACAAUCUGGAGGUCCAGGACAAGCCCAUUAGCUUGUCCCACUUUGAGACGCUUGUAUUGGGGAUCGUCUACUCAGCCUACCAGGCCCGACGCCAGCAAAGAGACGUGGAGCAGCAAGCCUGGACCGAAGUCCUGGGCCGCUUGACUAAUGUGACGUUUGUUGACCUGCGCAGGACAAAUGCAAAGUUUUGAAUGGUACAGAGAAGUUAGGGAGGUCAAAUAUCAAUGUAGUUCUGCCUUGAGCAGGAAAUACAUUAUGCAAUAAAAUAUUACCUGCUUUUGAUAAAGAUGAGACUACUAGAUCUUUUAACAUCUUUACAUCUUCCUCUUUUCAAUUUUACAACUUUGGUUCCCUGCCCUUCCAACAUUACUGGUAAUUCAAUCUUGUCAUCUUCAUUUAACCCAACAGAUGAUGAACAGAAUUGAUACCCUGAUGUUACUGAAUAUUAAAGAAACUUUAAUGUAAAAAAGUAUUGAUAUAUCAAUUUGAACAUACAUUACAGAAAACAGCUUGAUACAUAACGUUUUUUGUACUGACAGCAGGGAAUGUUUGGCUGGUCACAACUGCCUUGAUCCAAGCCAGAAAAAUA